CGCUUGGUGUGAGACCUAGAGCUAUCCUCUCAUGGAAGCGCAUCGAAGGGACGAUGACGAUUUCGCGGCUCCUGCUGGCACUGUCAUGGAGGAUCAAGUGUGCGCCACGGACAUUGCAUGGGCGUCGACAGCAGGCCUGAACUCGUCCACUGAUUGCGGUGGCGUCAAGUCGGAAUCCAUCUCGUCGAUCAUUGACGUGAAUGACAUUCUGGACAACUCAUUCUGCGUCACGCAAAGCAUUGUCGAUCCCACCAGCAACAGCACCACCAGUGGUGACCACUCUUCCAUUAUGGAACACUCUCAUACCAUGUGCACUGGCUCCACGACCACCACAACCACGACGACGACUACCUCAAACAGCUUUGCGUAUUCUGCGCACACGGAGCCCGACUCGCCCUUGGACAGCAUCGCCGUACAUCCUUCCCGUGGCCCUCCCGAUGCAAAGCACGUGCCGGCGCGAAAGGCUGCCACUUCGUCCGUGACGACUCCUAGUUCCAGCCACCGCGGCAUGAAGGAAAUGUACAUGCUCGUCUUUGACAACGGCAAGCUCCUUGGCGGCAAGACCAUCAUGGCCGCGUCCACCGCCUUGUUCUCCGUGGCGCUGGUGGUCUGCGCGGUGGCCCUGCGCGCGAAAACGCGGCAGGCAGUCAAGAUGCCGUCGGGGGUCCUCCUCGGCUCGAUUGGCACGGUUGUGAUGGCAUGCAUCGUGUGCGUGUCGUACCUUUUAAGUCCGGGAUGCCGCCGCCAUUCCAACAUUCUGCUGCUCAACCGCAGCGUCAUGGACUUGCUCUUGGCGCUAUCGUUCCUAUUACAACCGGCGUGGAACAACUGGCAUGAAGGCUCCGAGCUUGGCAUGUCGUGCCAAUACGUGUCUGCAGUACGAGAGUACUUUAUCAUGACGUCGGUAGCAUGGGAGUUUUGUAUGGCGGUCGACUUGUUCUCGUUGUUGAACGAUCCGUUCACGUCGCCUCGUAAAAACCGCGGCCGGUACCAGCUCUUGUCGCAUGGAUUGGGAAUCCUUGCCGGUGGGGUGAUGCUCACCAGUUCGUCGUUCUACGGGAUGUCUGUGGGUGAUUUUUGCUGGGUCAAAUGCAGCGGACUGGACCAAAGACACUUUGGGGUGUUCGACGCUGGCGUGUGGAUCUUCAUUGCUGUACCCGUCGUGUGCUUUAUAAGCACCAACAUUUACGUGUGUGCAGUGUCUGCCAAGAGGUUUCGCAGCGGCAUCGAAGCGACGCUGGAACACCGUCGGGGGCUGCUUCGCGAAGGGUUUCUCACGACGGUGGCGUUCAUCGUGUACUGGUUGCUGCUCUGGGGCGUGUACAUUGGCUUCUGGCUGGCGCAGUCGGAUUGGGAGAUUCUGCAGGAAUUGUUUGGGUUUUUGCUGUCGUUUCGCGGCAGCGUGGUGUUUUUCCUGUGGAUUCUAUACAGCAACACAUCGUCCAGGUCCGGUGAAGAUCGAGAUGACGACGCCACGCGAGCCCAAACCAACUUUGCACUGCUGAAUGAACUCGUGUUUUAUACUACACGGGGCAUCACCAAGGCAGUACAAGCAGCUAACAAACGCCAAGCGCUGGAGCUGGCCGAAGUGUCCAUCUUCACAGUGCACCCGCCGCAGAACGAGCACGCGUUAUACUCUUGCCAAGAGUGCAAGUUCACUGACAUCCGCCCCGAUGCAUUCACCCACGUGCGCGAGCUCUUUGGCGUGGACGAGACGGAGCUCAUUUCGGCCUUCUCCAACUGCAGCAUCCCCAAGCUGAGCGAGGGCGCCAGUGGCUCGUUCAUGUUCUUCACGUCCACCGGCGCGUUUAUCGUCAAGAGCGUCACCCGACGGGAGAGCGCCUUCCUCAGCUCAAUCGUCGACCAGUACGCGGCGUACGUGGUCGCCAACCCAGGGACGUUUAUCACGCGAAUCAUCGGCAGCUACGCGAUGGUGCUGUACGGACGGGAAUCGUACUUUGUCGUGAUGGAGAAUCUGUUUGACAAACAUCAUGCGGUGCACCAUCGGUACGACAUCAAAGGCUCGUGGGUCGAUCGCAAUGCCGAAAAGCCGCGCCGUGGCCAAGAAUGCACGUGUCGGUAUUGCAACAUGACGUUUCGCACGGGCAACCGCGACAGUUGUCCAAACCGCGCCGGGUUUCACGAGCCCAACGUCGUGCUCAAGGACAUGGACUUGACGACCAAAGUGCGGCUGAGCGACGCGCAAGGGCCGAGUGUGGUGACGCAAUUGAAAAAAGAUAGCAAUUUCUUGUGCGACCAAGGGAUUAUGGACUACAGUUUGCUUCUGGGGGUGAUCGAAGUGCGGUUCCACGUGACCGCGACCAACAUUAUAGUUCCGGACGGCGACCACGACCACCACGUCCGGCUGCCGUCCGUCGUGCCGCCCGCCGCCGCCAAGGGCCCGAUGGCGAAGCAGUCGGUCGCGUCGGUGCGCGCGGCGGACGUGGUGGUUGGCCCGGGCUUCUUUUACAUGGGCGUGAUUGAUAUUUUGCAGACGUGGACGGUGGAGAAGCGGUUGGAGCGGUUUGUCAAGGCGGUGCUGUGCCGGAAAGACCCCACGGGCAUCUCGGCUCUGCCGCCCAAGCCCUACCGGGAUCGGUUUCACAAAAAGCUAGACGAAAUCUUCCAUGUGGCUACCAGCAACACGACGCACGCGUCGCCGCUGGGUCGGCUGGACGUGGUGGACAAUGGAGGCAAAGUGUUACCAGUGUACACGGACUCUGCACCGAAAAAGUUUAGCUUUCAAAACGAGUUUCGAGAUAGCCCCCUUGCCCAAGACACCAUCAACGCCGCCGCGUUCAACCUCAACGGAUGAUACCAACAACCAUGUCAUGAUAUUGUUCAUUCGAAAUUAGACUAGACUGUGCUCAAUCGAACGAGCAAAAGAACCAAAUCGCAGGCAGAGAAUCAAAACACAAAACAUGAAUCAACUAGCCAAUCAAAUCCACUCUUCGAAUAAUUCAACAUCGAAUUAGUGUGUGAUUG